AUGCCUUAUGAUCCUGAUAAAAGCUCUGAACAUAGCUCUCGAGGCUCUAGUCGCAAUGACGGUGCUUCACAAAUCCUCGGAGUCAGAGACUCACCAGAUUCUGAAAGAUGGCAUUUCCCCGCAAAUGGUCAAGGAGCAUCAGCUGAUUCGCAAGGGAACUACAUAUACAGUCAAGCCUGCUCUCAAUCAAGAGCGAAACCAGGUCUCGAUGCUCAGGAGACAUUGGAUUCCCAAAGGUCACAAUCACCAACACACAACACGAGAGAAGAUGCUGAGCAGGAGCAUGAAAAUUUUCCUGUCAAUAUUCCACAGACAAUUUUGAAACGUGCCUUGUCAAGUGACUCGAGCUUCGGCUGCAAAUCUAACAGGCUGCAACAUGAAAAGGCUCAGAGUCGCCGGGACUUUGCUCGCGAUAUCACAAACUCACAAGUAGAACUUCCACCUGCAAAGAAGCGGCGUACCACCGAUAACGGGGACAAAGAGAGACUCACUGGGUUAGGAAAAGAAAUCGUUAUGAUACUCCAAGAGCAAACUGCUCUCCUAGCACGUGUAUUUGAAGCAGUGUCCCAGUGA